UGCUAUUCCUGGACUCCAGCCUCUCCAGCCUGCUGGGGCUACGUACCUCAUGGCUGCCUACUUGCUUCCUGCACAAUGUUCUGGGUAAGCAGAACAAGGCUGUUAGUCUUCCUGGUGCUCCCAUCUCUAGCUUUCCUCUUCUUCCAGCAGUUGUCCAGCCCCAGUCACCGUCCUGACGUAGCAGAGAAGUCAAGCCCUACACAUGUGUUGAUCUUGUCCUCGUGGCGCUCUGGCUCCUCCUUUGUGGGCCAGCUCUUCAGCCAGCACCCAGAUGUCUUUUACCUGAUGGAGCCAGCCUGGCAUGUGUGGAUGACCCUCUCCCAAGGCAGUGCUGAGCAGUUGCAGAUGGCCGUGCGAGACCUGAUUCGUUCAGUCUUCCUCUGUGACAUGACUGUCUUUAAUGCUUACAUGGCCCAGCGUCCAAGGAGACAGUCCAGCAUCUUCAGGUGGGAAACUAGUAGGGCGCUGUGUUCCCCACCUGCAUGCCAUCUCUUUAAUAGGGAGGCCAUCAUCCCCUCAGCUGACUGUAGGAUCCUGUGUGGCAAGCAGCCCUUCAACAUGGUAGAAGAAGCCUGUAAGUCCUACAGUCAUGUGGUGCUCAAGGAGGUGCGCUUCUUCAACCUGAUGACCCUCCAGCCACUGCUGACCGACCCCUCCCUCAACCUGCACAUCAUUCACCUUGUGCGAGACCCCAGGGCUGUGUUCCGCUCUCGGCAAAACCUAGAAGUGGACCAAUCAAAUAAAAUGAAGAGUGAGGACAGGCUCUAUCACACAAUGCAAGACAUCUGCCAAAGCCAACAGGAGAUCUAUAAGGCGGCACAGUUGUUACCAGACUCCCUACGAGAACGCUACCUGCUAAUACGCUAUGAGGACUUGGUGCGGGACCCACUGACCCAAACUUCCAAACUAUAUGAAUUUGCAGGGUUACCCUUCCUGCCUCGCCUCCAAGUCUGGGUGCUUAACAUCACACAGGGCAAGGGCUUGGGAAGCCAUCCCUUUGACACAAACUCCAGGAAUGCCCAAAAUGUCUCUCAGGCCUGGCGUUGGGCCUUACCACAUAACGAGGUAGUCCAGUUACAGAAAAUUUGUAAAGAUACCAUGAACCUGUUGGGUUACCUUCCUGUAUUGUCUGAGAAAGACCAGAGAAAUUUAUCAAUGAGUCUUCUAUCUCCUCCUGAGAUCCCCUAA